GGGCGGGGCUAGCGUUUAGACGCUCUGUAGGCCUCCGGCUUCGACAGACUAGGAACCUUAGCUCCGGCGGGCAGGGGGUUGAUAGUGUGCGGGGCUGUGGUCGGUCAAAGAAGGAAGGGGUUCGAUUAGCACGGAGAGGGCUGAGGUAGGGAACAGGGAUGGGCGGUUGGAAAUCUGACAGGGCGGGAGAAGAGCGAAUGGGCGUGGCCUCGAGGGGUGGGGCUAAGAUCUUGAAGGUGGGUCAGAAGCGGUAGGGGCGUGUCUAGGGUGUAGGAGUUCGGCUGAGUUGGGGGCGGUCUGACGGGGCGUGGUCUUGGAAGGGGCGUGGGUUGUUUGAGGCGGAUGGGGGCGGAGUCGGUGCAGGCUGAGUGGGCAGCGCGAUGCGGGGCUCGAGCUGCGUGGGCAGUGGUGGCGAGAGCCCGGGUGGCUCAGGGCUGAGCGAGGGGCCCCGCGGCCGAUGGCUGCGGCUCGCCCCUGUCUGCGCCUACUUCCUGUGUGUGUCCUUGGCCGCUGUGCUGCUUGCUGUGUACUACGGGCUCAUCUGGGUUCCCACGCGGCCGCCUGCGGGCCCCGCCGACCCCCUGCCCAGCGCUGGGGCCGCUCCGUGUGCUCGAGCAGCCCCGCCCGCCCCGCCUCCGGCCGCAUCCUGCUUGCUUGGGGCCUCCGGCGGGCCACGGCCGCAGCCAGGACUGCCACGGAGCCGCCGCCACAGCCGCCGCCCAGCUCCGGGAGCGACGCGGGAGACCGCGCACCGAGCGCCUGGAUAGUCUGGCCCGCCCCCACCGUGGCCUGCGUCUGUCUGUCUGCACCGCCGGGCCUCGCCUGCGCGGCGCCGCCUCUUUCCCAGCCGCGGUCCUGAUCCUGCCCGACCUUAUUCCACCCUGCUCCUUCCCGGGACUCAGCGCUCAUCGGCAAUAAACUCCAGCCUCAGCUGGCUUACCUGGUCUGUGGUGGUCGGCCUCGCCCGCUGGUCUCUUCUAGCUCCGUGGCCGCGCGGCCUCAAAGGCUUUCCUCUCAUUGCUCACAUGUAAUUUUGGGGUUGGAAUGGGAGAGAAGCGGCUUGCCAGUUUUCGGGGCCCUUGAAGGUCAGAUACUGUAAAAGGCCUUAGCAGUUUUCGGGGUGUCAUCUCGUAUAGCUUCGGAGACAAUGGUGCGUGCUGGAAACUGAAGUUGGUAUAGUUUCCAAUGGCAGGGGUAGAGGAUGUCACCCAUGUGCUAGCUUGUCCUGGUUUGGGUGGUGACAUUUGCUGUUUUGGAAGUGUGGAGCAUAUAGCUGAACCAAAAAAACAAAACUGGUCUGCAUUGCUGUUGGUGCCAUGUUGAGAAGCUGGUGUAGCUUCUGAUAAAGAAGUCAUGCGAUUGAGUCCAUUUUCCCUUACCCAUGACUGUGGCUCGGCUGUAGGCAGGCCUGGGAUGUACCCUGCUGGCCUGCUGCACGAAGGGGUUUCUUUUAUGGCCUGCCUUCCCCCUGGGCUGGACAGCAUCUGGAAUCUGAGGCCUCUUGUCAGAUGGGAGUGUGUUACCUGCCCCGCUGGUUCCCUCUGUCUUACCAGCAUCCCCCACAGGAUGACGUACAGCAGUGUACCUAAACCUCUCUGGUCUUGUAAAAUGAAGACAACACAUUGUUGCUCAGAGAAUUAAACUAGUGAUCCAAACCUGA